AUGAUUAGCAAUGCUAUACUAAAACCAAUCUCUGAUACAAACAGUACUUUGCUUACUAACACGACCUGCAGUCAGUGUCUUUGUUAUUCCAAUUUAGCUUAUUCGGCUGUAAAUUGUUUCACAAACAAUAGUUGUCAACUGAUUUCACAAUAUCCGCUUACAUAUAGUAUUGUACUAACUCUCGGCGCUCGUCUAUAUUUUCCUCGACAAAUAUUUCCAGACAGCAGUCAAGGUUGCAUGCCUAACAUUAAUAUUCUUCUUAGCAAAUUGACGUCGGGGAAUAGAGCAACGGUCAACAUAUCCAAUCCUUCGGAACUUCUCUUGGAUUCUCUUGGCUAUAUAUCAACAAUUGAUCAAUCACGUGGUGCUCUGCGUCGUUUCAACAUAACGAAUCUUGCACCAGUUGACUCACUUUCAGUUGAUACAAGCAGCCAAAUGGCUAUUGGUUACGAUAAUGGUAUGUACUAUUCCAAAGCAUAUAGUGGUCAAAUGUUUAUGAUCAAUAGCACAACCUUAACGAUAGUCAAUACAAUGGCUUCGGCACCUUUCAACCGAGCACGAAGUAUGAUUUUUAUAAACAACAGUCAAACAAUGAUUGUGACUUCCUACGGAUCAAACUGUCUUCUGUUUUUCAAUCAAGUAAAUACUACCCCAACUAAUUACACGUAUGUGUCGAGCCAAACGGUCAACUACUCUGGUCCGUACGGAAUAUGGAAAGUGAAUGAUUCAUUUUUCUAUGUAACAUCCUAUGAUAACAAUUCGAUUUAUUCUUACAGCAGAACCUCGGUAUCAUGGAGAGAAGCAUUUGUGUUCCAAGUCAGCAAUGUUAGUGUGACCAGUGGUGUUACUCAUCUAACGAUUGAUAAGGACAAUCGAAUUUGGAUAUCAUCUAGAAUGCAGAAAACGCUGGUUUACGAUCAACAAGGAUCUCUCCUCGGUAGUUAUACUAUCCCGAAUGCACAAAUUUUUGAUAUUAAAAUUCUUGAUAAUUACGUUAUGUUCUUUUCUGAUCCAGGAGCUGAUCGGAUCAUUCGGAUCGAUCCAAAUAUCCAAUGUUAUUGA